UUAAGAUGGCGUUGCGGCCAGGACCAGGGGGAGCUGGCAGUUUUAUAUAUCCUGUCGGAGGGGGCCUGGGACCUCCACAAGGCCUGAUGCCAGUACAGGGUCCCCAGCAGCAACAGGCCUUCCCCAUGGUGCAGGUCAUGCAGCCCAACAUUCAGGGAAUGAUGGGAAUCAACUUUGGGGCCCAGAUGCCCCCGGCAGCCAUGCCAAUGCAGGGUGGGCUGACGAUGGGGAUCCAGGCCUCUGGGAUGCAGUUUGUGGCUCAGCCCCAGUUCAUCAGUGUGAGGGCUACUGGCCCACAGUACACACACAUAGCUGAGGAGCACCAGAAGCGUCUGGAGCAGCAGCAGAAGCUGCUGGAGGAGGACCGUAAGCGCAGGCAGUUUGAGGAGCAGAAACAGAAACUGCGUCUGCUGAGCAGCGUCAAGCCCAAGGUGGGUGAGAAGAGUCGGGACGACGCACUGGAGGCCAUCAAAGGGAACCUGGACGGUUUCAGCAGAGACGCGAAGCUGCACCCGACGCCGUCCUCGCACCCUAAGAAAGCAGGUUUAGGGGUCUACCCUCAGCAGGACCACAUUCAGCCUCUUAUGCCUGCCUGGCUGUACAACGAUAGCCUGGUCCCAGAGCUCUUCAAAAAGGUGCUGGACUUCACUCUGACUCCAGCUGGCAUCGACACGGCCAAGCUCUACCCCAUUCUGAUGUCAUCAGGCCUGCCCAGAGAGGCGCUGGGGCAGAUAUGGGCUUCAGCCAAUCGCACCACACCUGGCAAGCUGACCAAGGAGGAGCUAUAUGCUGUGCUGGCCAUGAUUGGUGUCACACAGAGUGGUAUUCCUGCAAUGGGUCUGGAUAUUUUGAGUCAGUUCCCCUCUCCUCCGAUGCCCAACCUACCUGCCAUGACCGCAAGUCUUGUCCUACCACAGCACCAACAGCCAAUCAUGUCUCAGGCACCUAUUCCCAUCUCCAUGGCCACGCCCCCGGUCCUGGCCCAGCAUCAACAGCCAAUCAUGUCUCAGACACCCGUCUCCACGUCAGCUCCAACACCUGCAGUCAUUGGUCCAAACUCCAGCACCCAGGCUCCCAAUAGCUUUGUCACCUGUUUCCCACCUCUGCAGGGAACCAAACCUGAUGACGAUGAUUUCCAGGACUUUCAGGAGGCGCCCAAGGCUGGGGCCAGCGAGGACCCCUUCACCGACUUCCAGGCUGAACCAGGAAGCACCUUUCCCAGCACAGGUCACCCCCAACACCACCCCAGUGCUCCCGCAAUACUGACUCCAGUGUCCAGAUCCUCCUCGCUGGAUAAAUAUGCCGCAUUCAAGCAGCUAUCUGUGGAGCAAGCUGCAGAUACCUCCUCGCCUGCCUCAGAUUUUGCAGAUAAAUACAGUGUCUUCAGACAGCUUGAGCAACCUGGAGACAGAAAGUCAGGUGAAGGAUUUGCAGACUUUAAGUCCGCCAGUGCCGACGACGGCUUCACAGACUUUAAAACGGCUGACACGGUCUCUCCGUCGGACCCGUCGGAUCAGGCCAAGACCUUUCACCCCUCGUUCCCCCCCCCCUUCGCCCUCUCCCACCCCCCGCAGCCCCCGCCCCCCGCCUCCCAGCCGCGGUGCAGGAACCCUCUCAACAUGGCCGACCUGGACCUCUUCGCCCCCACGGCUCCGCCCGCGCCUGCCGCCGACCCCAAAAGCCUGCCUUUCCCCGCCACGCCUCCGUCCGCGGAGCCCCGCCCGGAGGGUGCUGCGCCCCUGGGCAAAGCCGGCGAUGAUUUUGGGGAGUUUGCGCUGUUCGGGUCUUCCGCCCCGUCUGGCUCCUGCUCGGCUGCGGCGGGGGGCUGCGCCGUUGGGGGGGGGCGAGCCUCGGCUCUCGAUGAGUUCGCCGACUUUCUGGCGUUCAGGAGGCCUGCGGAGAACGUCUCCGGCGCCAACCCCGCCCAGAACGGGGCCAGCAGGCCGGCCGAGGCUCCGCCCCGGCAGCAGCACGCCUCCGACAAAUACAACGUUUUCAAGCAGCUCUCCCUGGAGGGCGGCCUGGGCUACGACGCCAAGGAGAGCGGGGCCUGUGCGGCCUCCCUGAAGAGCGACGUGGACGACUUCGCCGACUUCCAGUCCUCCAAGUUCUGCACCGCCCUGGGCGCUUCGGAGAAGAGCCUGCUGGACAAGGUCUCCACCUUCAAACAGGCCAAGGAGGACUCCGCCUCCGUCAAGUCCCUGGACCUCCCGUCCACCGGGGGCAGCAGCGCGGGAAAGGAGGACUCGGAGGACGCGCUCUCCGUGCAGCUGGACAUGAAGCUGUCGGACGUGGGCGGCGACCUGAAGCACGUGAUGUCUGACAGCUCCCUGGACCUGCCUGCAAUGUCCGCCCACCAGCCCCCCGCUUCAGGUGAGGAACUAGUGCGCUUACUGUGGUGAGACCCAGCUCGGCUGCACCCCCGCCCCAGGCCCUCUCUGCCCCCAGGCAAACCUUCUGCCUCUGCCCCCAGGCAAACCUUCUGCCUCUGCCCCCAGGCAAACCUUCUGCCUCUGCCCCCAGUGCCCUCACGCCAGGGCAUACGUACUGUGUACUACAUUAUUAUUUAGCAGUGUUUAAAGCCAUCAAUUCCAAGCACACUUCAUAGCCUUCCAUGAA